UGUCGGAUGAAAUUAUGGGUUACUCAAGUAUGGCAAUUUAGUUGCUGGUUAUAGUGCUAGAACGCUGUUUAUGAGAAGUAAUCGACUAAUUUUAGCUAAAGAAUCGUUUUUUUUUUAAUGACACUAUUGAGAAUUUGUGUAAUUCAUAACAAUCAGGAUCUGUUUUAAACAAUAAUGAACAGAUGCAACGCCUACAAUAGUAAUGGAGGAAACAACAUCCGCGCCAUCUGGUGUAGAAGAAAUAGACAAUGGUUACAGGCUAGACAACGUUCGCUGCGAAAAAAAUCCAACCAAAUCUUCAGAUAUGAGUUGUCAAAAAUUUGAAAGCGGCAGUGGAAGUGGUGAUCAUGAAUUAACCCAUUUAGAUGAUGGUACAGACAUUUCGGCAAAAAAACGAAAAACUCGUCGUGGAAAACCAAAACAUCGAAAAAUUAAGCCUUACACAAAACAGCAAUCUUACAAUCACAAACUCCGAAUCCGCUCAAAUUCAAGUCGUGUUAUAAAAAAACGAACUCAACCACCAGCUCCUUAUAAUACUACACAAUUUCUAAUGGAUGAUCAUAAUGAUCUGCCAAAUUUAGAACAAAAAUUAGCAGGCUCUAAUACCGAAGUUCAAAAAAUUAUUCAGAAACCGGUAGUAUCACGAACAAGAGAUUCGAGUUUCAGCGUUGAUUCUGAUGAAGAGUAUUUCUACUCAUCUCCUGAAGAUGAAGAGGAAUUUUUAACAAAAGAAUUUUCAAGUGCGUACGAAGACCUUCAUGCUGAAAGACUGAGUGCCUUGUCUAAAUCUGAAUUAAUUGAAGAAUACAUUCAGCUAGAAGCAAAACUCGAUAUUCUGACCAAACGAUUACGUAAUAGGACUUUUCAACAGACCGAAGAAAGAGAAUUAGAUAACAAAAAAAGUGCUUCUUUGACAGCAGAAACUUCAGAGUUUGAAAUGGCGAAAAAACUAAAAAUAUGCCAGCAAAGAAUAGACGAUUUAAUACAGCAAAAUGAUCAGCUGAGAAGAGAUAUUGAAGCGCUCCGAGGAAAAAGAAGAAAAAGUUCCAUUUCGAGUAUUGACAGUGAAAGCGAUAGUGAUAGUAAUAGUAGUUGCAGUUGUUCUGACAGUGAUGACUCCGCGAAACAUCAAUGUACUCUACGCAAUGUUGAGCAUAAAAUCAGCAAAAAACCGAUGACUAUUAGUGAUAGCAAUAAUACAGAAGAUACAAAUAUUUCAUGCUCAACCCGCAACAGAUAUUUGAGAAAUAUUUCUUCUGAGCUUACUAUUAAUUCCAACACCACCACUCCCAACGUUGGUUUACUUCCAACUUGAAACAUCUACAAAGAGUAUUUUGACCUUCUAUUAAAUGUAUUUCAAACCUUAAUUUAACAUAAUAAUCUUAAGAUUAAUAUUUAAAUUGCCAUUUCCAGAGUUUUAAUUAAAAAUUUAAAAAAUUGUUUUGUUAUAUUUUAUUUUUAUAAAUUAUGAAUCAUACUUUCAAUUGUAAAAAUGACACUAAUUAUCAGUAAAUUGUAAAAUACUUCACAACAAUGAUAAUUAAACAAAUAUACAAGGUAACAUUUUA